GACUCUUACAAUAAAAAUUAGAUUACUGUUAUGACGUCCAUCUUCAUCUUCUGUACUCUUCUCAACAGUGUAACUAUUGAGCAGGAAAGAGACGAGCAGCAGUCAUGUCAGAUCUUGACGAUAUCGACCUUGACCCAGAAGACUUCAAGUCCUCAAUCCCACUCAAGAAGGUCCCAUACGGUGACGUUUUCGAGGCCUCCCGUGCCGGCGAUGUCGACCGCCUCCGUUACCUGCUCGAUUCUGGGGUGAACGUCAACGCUCGUGACCAAUGGGAUUCCGUUGCUUUGUAUUAUGCCUGCUUGGCGGGCCAUUUAGAUGCCGCCCGAAUGCUUCUAGAGAGCGGUGCUAUCUGCUCCGAGCACACUUUCGAUGGGGACCGCUGCCACUACGCCGCCCUCAAUUUGAAAGUGCGGAAAUUGCUCAAGGCAUUUGAGGCUCGACCGCCGCCUCUCGGACCCUUGCAGGCCUCCUUGAGGGACACCUUCUUGGCCUGCAAAGCGAAUUCGUCUUACUUGGAUCAAUUGAAUGCCCAAUUGCCAACUUCUCUUUUUUCAGGUAAUUCAUUCAAUGGAGGGUUGAGUUCCAACCACUUUCCCCCUGAUGUUGUGUUUUAUGUUCAAGGAAGACCCAUUGAAGCUCAUAGAGUCAUCUUGAGCGCUCGCUCACCAUUCUUCAAGGCUAAAUUUGAGACUGACUGGAAGGAAAAAAAGGAAGUCAGAUUCUCAAGAGAAAAGCUGUCAUAUCCAUCUCUUUAUAGCCUUAUCCACUUCUUCUAUUCUGACAGGCUAGAAGUUUCUGUGGAUGACAUGGAAGAUCUUGUAAAAAUUUGCAGAGUUUGCAAGUGCCAGUCAUUACAGACACUUAUCGAGAAAGAAUUGAUUCAUCAAAAGUAUGCAGAGUACAAAGCCCUCAAAGAAAUAGACAAUUCUCAGAAGCGAUUUAUCUUGCAGGGCUUUUCCCUUCCAGAGCAAGACCGUCUUCCUGCAGCAAUGUUACGGAUCCUUCAAAUCUCUCUUGCCAAUUCCUCCAGAGGACAAAACCUAGAGAAUAGUGUUGAUAAUUUAGUAUCCCUUGUUGGGAGUGGUUUUCAAGAUGAUCUUGCAGAUGUUUGUGUGAGGGUUGAUAAGAGGAUAUUUCGUUGCCAUCAAGUUGUUUUAGCAUCAAGAUCUGAAUACUUCAAAGCGAGAUUAUCCCAUAUGAAUGAUUUUCUUGAAGGGAGCGAUCUGCUACUUGACUAUACUCUUCCAUGUCUUGAAGAAAAUGAUCUUAGCAUGAAGGCUUUUGAGAAAAUGAUAGAGUAUAUGUAUACUGAUAGUUUGAAGGACAUAGACCCUGAUCAGGCUGAAGAAAUGUUUGAUGCUUCUUCAAGAUACCUCUUAUUCCCUCUUAAACGUGCAGUAGCUGAUGCCCUGCUACCUCAUCUGGAAAUGGUUCCUCCAGCAGAAUUGUGCCAUUGGUUGAUAUUAUCCGACAUGUAUGGUGUUUCGAAGAUUCGGGAAUAUUGUCUAGAUGCAAUGGCUUGCAACUUCGAGACAUUCGCUGAAACUCCAGAGUUUCGGGCAAUGCUUUUGACCCUGCCACCACCAUCUGGAGAUUCGUCUCUUCGAACAACAGCUCCAAGCGCUCCAGGAGCUGAGGUGAAUUCAGCAGCAGAAAAUCUCCUCGAUGAUUUACGAGAAAAAUGGCUCGAGGCUGAAGCUGCCGAACUCGACAAGAGAGAUGAAAGUGCCCUACUUUUCGACAGGCGUCUUGAGAUGCUUAUGCUUGUAGCAGAGCAAGAGAAAUCUGAUGAUGCUUUUCAAUGUUCCCUUUCUGCAUCUUCAGUUGUCAUGCAAGAAUGAAUAGGUUUUUUUGUUUCAAUAUAUAUUAAAUUAUAUUUUUAUUUUUUUUGAUCGUAAAUUAUAUUUUUAUUGAUUCUACACAUUUUGUAGUCAGCUUAAACACAAAGAAAAAGAAGUGCUUCUGUUUAGGUGCAUUGAUUUUGUCGAAAUAAAAUUAAAAAUUUGUAAAUCUAUUGGUGAUGG